AUGCCAAAGAAUCUUGUAAUUUAUGUAGUGGCAGCUGGAGCAAUCUUGUUCUCACUUUCGAUUGUUCUUCUUGUUUGGAUACUUUGCAAGAAGCUCAAACCAAGCAAAAAAACAUUAGCACAAAAUUCAGCUGAUGACCAUUACAAGAGAAUACCCUAUCAUGCAUUGUUGAGAGGAACUAACGAGUUUGCGGAAGCCAACUUGCUUGGCAGAGGAAGUUAUGGUGCGGUCUAUAAGUGUGUUUUGGACUUUGAAAAAAGAACAUUGGCGGUCAAGGUGUUCAAUCUUGGUGAAUCCAGGUAUUCCAAGAGUUUUGAGGCUGAGUGUGAGUCCAUGAGAAGAAUACGACACAGGUGCCUCAUUAAGAUCAUUACUUCUUGUUCGAGCCUCAACCACCAAGGUCAAGAGUUUAAGGCAUUGGUUUUUGAGUUUAUGCCCAAUGGUAACUUGGAUGGCUGGCUUCAUCCAAAACCUCAAGAGCCCAGUACAGACAACACUCUCAGCCUUGCCCAGAGGCUUGAUAUUGCUGUCAAUAUUGUAGACGCGGUAGAAUAUCUGCACAACUACUGUCAACCACUGGUGAUCCAUUGUGAUCUUAAGCCAAGCAACAUUCUUCUUGCUGAAGACAUGAGCGCACGAGUUGGAGACUUUGGCAUAUCAAGGAUCCUUAAAGAAAAUACAAGUGAGGGGAUGCAAACUUCAUACAGCUCAACUGGAAUCAGAGGUUCCAUAGGCUAUGUUGCACCAGAGUAUGGAGAAGGCUCUGCAGUCUCAACCGCUGGUGAUAUUUAUAGUCUUGGCAUAUUGCUGCUUGAGAUGUUUACGGGAAGGAGCCCAACAGAAGGCAUGUUCAGAGAUUCAUUGGAUCUGCAUAAGUUUGCUGAGGACGCUCUUCCAGAUAGAACCUUGGAGAUAGCUGACCCCACAAUGUGGUUGCACAGCGGACAACAGAAUAACAAUACAAGUAUUAGAAUCCAGGAGUUAUUGGUUUCGGUCUUGAGGCUUGGCAUAUCCUGCUCAAAGCAACAUCCUCGACACCGAGCACGGACGAAAGAUGCAACAGGGGAGAUGCACGCAAUCAGAGAUGCGUACCUCAAGUUCAUAGGGGAGCAUGAAGCAGAACGAGAAGCCUCGACUCGGGAAAUCAAGAAAGGUGUUGCAUAAACAAGCUAGUAUAAGACAUGAUCCUGCAUAAUAAAGAUUUUUUGUAUCUUUCCGGUUAGUAAUUAUUCUCAGAGCUAUGUUGCUUUACAACUGUACCAAAGUAAAUGCAGAACUAGAGCAAGUUCUAGAGAGUUUCAGUAAUCAGGUUUAUAGGCGUGUGCUUUGAGAAUGGUGCUCUGCAACAAUAGCACUAGAGCAAGUUCUAGAGUUUCAGUAAUCAAGAAGUGUAAUGUAAGCUAGUAUACUUGAAGUUCUAGAGAGUUUCAGAAGUUCUUUCUCUGUUUCUUCUUUUUUAUUUGUUUAUAUUACUAGAACAAAGUGCAUCGGAUCAGAUCAGGAACACUAAAAUAAACUGAAAUGUCGUUUCUGUUAAGUGAACAAGAUUCCUUGCUUCAUUCA